AAACCAACAAAGAAGAGAAAAGGGCGGAAGUAGCGCUGCCUUGAAAACAACGAGACAGCGAUCGGAUAAAAUCCGAGUGGAAAACUCAUCUAAAAGUGCAAGUAGUCGGUACGGCUGCGGCUAAGAAGAUGGUCUGAGCGUUUCGGAGGACAAUGGCGCUGUACGAGGAGAAGAAGCGACAACGAAAACAAUUGGAAGCUGCUGGCGACAAUGUCCAAGACGUCCGGCAGCUGAUUGUUCAUCAGGAAGAGCUUCCCCCUCAGCUCCAAUGGGGCAGCUCCAUUUUCAAGCAAGAGGAGCCGCAGUUUCUCCGCAUUAAAAACGAAGACGAAGCGCCGAGGCCCCGCCGCAUCAAAGAAGAACGAGAGGAUCGACAGUCCUUUCGUGUGAAAGAGGAAGCGAAGGAUCCGCUGCCCAUCCACGUUAAGGAGGAAGAAGAGGCGGUCCGCAUCAGCAAGUUGCCAACGACCGGCGUCUCUGUGGACCAAGCGCCCGAGUGGUCACGGCUGCAUCGUCACGGCGGGCCCGGACACCCCCGCGGGGGGUCGUCCCCGGAAAAGCUGCUCGCCCCUCUGUCGGACAGCGACGACCCGGAGGAACCUCUCGGGAGCGACGCGGACCGCCGAGCUGAUGGCAAGCGGUCGAAAACGUCGCCAGCGUGUAAAAAACGAGUUUCCUGCUCGGUCUGCGGCAAAGUUUUUGCUCAGCAGCAUUUGUACAGGCACAUGAGAACGCACACCGGAGAGAAACCCUUCGGUUGCUCAUUUUGCGGUAAAACCUUCUCGACAAAAGACCGAGUGGAAUCGCACACAAGAAUACACACCGGGGAGAACCCUUUCACGUGCUCGGUUUGCGCAAAGACCUUCAUCCAAAAGGCCAACAUGAUCCGGCACAUGAGAACGCACACGGGGGAAAAACCAUUCAGUUGCUCGACGUGCGGCCGAGCCUUCGCUCUGAAGGAGCACGUGGAUUCCCACAUGAGAGUGCACACGAGGGAAAAGCCCUUCUGUUGCUCCGUUUGCGGCCAAACGUUCACCUUGAAAAAGAACCUGGCGCCGCACAUGAGACUGCACGCCGGAGGAAAACCCUUUGGCUGCUCUACCUGCGGUAAGACCUACUCGCGCAAAGACUAUUUGGAAACGCACGUGAAAACGCAUUCGGGAGAGAAACCCUUCUGCUGCUCGGUCUGCGGUAAACGCUUCAGCCUGAAGCGAAACGUGGUGCCGCACAUGAGGAUCCACACGGGAGAAAAGCCCUUUCCUUGCCCCAUUUGUGGCAAAAGAUUCACUCUCAAGCAAACCAUGGAGUUGCACGUGACGAUCCACGCCGGAGAAAAACCCUUCCGUUGCCCGUUGUGCGAUAAAGCAUUUGCCGACAAGUCCACCAUGAAAUCGCACACGAGGACCCACGCGGGAAUUCCAACCCGUUAAGUUGCUCCGUUUGUUUGGGGGAACAUUUGACACGAAUCGUCUGCAAGCUUCCGAAGCAAAAAGGGUUCACGGAAACGAACCGACUCGCUCCAAACUGGAAAAAAAGAACACAUGAGAAUGCUUUAAAAGAAAAACAAAUCGAAG